AUGUCCAACCUCGAGAUCUCUCAUCUCCCCGUUCUCAGUGACAACGGGCCCAACUCUUCCAACUCUGGGAGCCUCCUUAUCCCCGAGUCCAAAGACGGAUACUUUGGCUACUCAGAGGAAAAGACCCUGCAACAUAUCGAAGAGAAAUAUUGGGCUCAUAGACGUGGCUCAGACGCGCACUCCGAUUCUGGGAGCUUCAAACCUGUGUCUCUUCAAGGCUCGGUCCUUGGCGAUGCGUUCCUUGAGGAAGAAGAGGACAACCAGCACAAGCAGUUUACAGGCGAGGUGCAUGUUACAGAGCCCUUAAUCAACGCUGAACAAAUACAUCUUCUCCAAUCCCUCCAAAAAUGCCUUGAACUACGAGACAAGUACAUGGCAAAGUCGCGCCAACGCCUCGGCGAUGAUCCGCGCGACCAUGACGGUUACUUCCGGCCAGUAGGCGACGAAUACGCGGACGUAUCAGGCGUGCGGCCUGAUGCACCGAUACACAAGGUCCAAGAAUAUCAGACAGAGGAAGAGCCAACCGAUAAAUGGAAUAUCUACCCCAAGCCGCCUCCGCCUCACUGGCGCUGGAAGGACAAAGAGGUCAUUAGCGCAGAUGGGUCAGCCCCGCCAGGCCACGGAGAGUUCAAGUUCGAGGAAUGCCCAAUUCCUGGAGGGCACGAUGGAUGGUCAUUCGCGAUCGACGUGAAGGGUGUGUAUCAGGUGUAUGAAAAUACCAAAAGAAAAGACGAAGAGCGAAAGCCUGCGUUCGAUAUCCCCGACAUCCGGGAGUACUUCGUCGAUCUGGAAUACGUCCUUGGGGUAAUCUCGGACGGGCCGACGAAGAGCUUCGCGUUUCGCAGGCUGAAGUACCUCUCAAGCAAGUUCACGAUGUACAGUCUUUUGAAUGAGUUCCAAGAAUUAGCGGAUAUGAAGAGGGUUUCUCACAGAGAUUUCUACAACCUCCGAAAAGUCGAUACCCAUGUCCAUCACUCGAGUAGUAUGAACCAAAAGCAUCUACUUCGCUUUAUUAAAUCAAAGAUGAAGCGUAGCCCUAACGACGUCGUCAUCUUCCGAGAUGGCCAUGAACUCACGCUCUCUGAAGUGUUUGAAUCGCUUAAAUUAACAGCUUACGACCUUUCCAUCGAUACCCUGGAUAUGCACGCCCACCAGGAUUCAUUCCACCGCUUCGAUAAGUUCAACCUGAAAUAUAACCCAAUCGGAGAAUCGCGUCUACGCGAGAUCUUCUUAAAGACCGAUAAUUAUAUCCAAGGACGAUAUCUGGCAGAGCUCACCAAAGAAUUGAUGAAUGAUUUGGAGCAGAGCAAGUACCAGAAUGUGGAGUGGAGAAUUAGUAUCUACGGUCGUUCCCCUGACGAAUGGGACAAGCUCGCGAAAUGGAUCGUUGACAAUAAACUCUACUCCCACAACGUGCGCUGGCUCAUCCAAGUACCGCGUCUUUACGAGGUGUACAAGGCGAAUGGUUCGAUCCGCACGUUCGAGGACAUCGUCUCCAAUGUCUUCAAACCACUAUUUGAGGUAACGAAAGACCCUCGGACUCAUCCUGAGCUCCACGUUUUCUUGCAACGGGUGAUCGGGUUUGACACUGUCGAUGACGAAUCCAAGGUCGAGAGGCGCAUACAUAAGAAAUUCCCUUACCCAAGACUCUGGGACCUGCCACAAUCACCUCCGUACUCUUACUGGCUUUACUACAUGUACGCCAACGUCGCGAGUUUGAAUAACUGGAGGAGAAUUCGAGGAUUCAACACCCUGGUCUUCCGACCUCACUGCGGAGAAGCUGGAGAUACCGACCAUCUCACAUCCGCAUUCCUUACUUCUCACUCAAUCUCGCAUGGAAUCCUACUACGGAAGGUGCCCGCUCUUCAAUAUCUCUUCUACUUGAAGCAGAUCGGUAUCGCGAUGAGCCCGCUGAGUAACAAUGCGCUCUUCCUCACGUAUGAGCGUAACCCGUUGCCCGACUUCUUCAAGACCGGGUUGAACGUGAGUUUGAGCACGGACGAUCCACUUCAGUUCCACUUCACCAAGGAACCACUCUUGGAGGAAUAUAGCGUUGCGGCUCACAUCUAUAAAUUCCCUCAAAGCUCCCUCGCUGAGCUGGCUCGCAAUUCGGUAAGGCAGAGCGGUUUCGAGAUGGAAGUCAAGCGUCACUGGCUAGGCAAUGAAUGGUACCUACCUGGAGCAGCCGGAAACGAUAUCAACAAGACAAACGUUCCCGAUAUCCGACUGGCGUACCGGCACCAGACACUACUGGGAGAGCUCGAGAUGAUCUCCGGAAAGACGACCAGCUCUGCACCACCUGCGGUGAAAACACAGGGAGCUGGUGAUGGGCGCACUGUGCUACCGACACCUGACGCCGUUGCUGCCAAAGCGAUGGCGAGCCGGUCCUAA